GUUCUCAACUCGACUAUUGCCAUAGAUGCUGGAAUGGCAUAAAAAAGAAAGAAUGAAUAUGUGUUUUAAUACGUUUUCUCUAUGUAUAAUAUUUGAAACGCCCACUUUUACUUGCACAAGGGUGGGAACAAUGGGCAAUAAAAGGAGCUCACAGCCAAGACAAAAGAAAACAUUGUCAAGAUAUCGAUCAUCUCAAAAUCAUGAAUGCAAGAUUUAUUCUGCUGCUCUUUUCAGUCGUCAUGGCAAGUGGAGUUAUCAUUUUUGAUGAACCUGACUGCCCUGACGAGGUGUUUGCUUGCAUGAAGGAUUAUCAUCCUGUGUGUGGUACUGAUGGAGUCACCUAUGGAAAUGAAUGCAGACUGUGUCUCCAUAUACAGAGGACAGGAGAGGACAUAAAAAUAGCCUAUAGGGAUAAAUGCAGAGACAACCAGAAUCAGCAGCAGGUGGAAUGACAUACAACAGCUUUACAGUAAAGGAUGGUUAUUGACUGUUCGUUCUGAGAUUUAAACUGCAAAUCUACAAUAAAGCAUACAUUAAAGUUAUUGCUCUUCAGUAUUAUGAUUUAACUCAUUGUUUAACACUUAAUAAAGUUGUAUAUACAUAGCUGCCAUAUUAAGACCACAUACACAUUAUACUAAUAAA